AUGUCGGAGAAAGAAGUCGAUGGCAUUGAGCCGGUGCGGGUGGAUUCGGUUGGGUCGGCGGAUAGGGAGUACUAUGGAGUUCCUACCAUGUCGACGGAAAAGCUCUUUGAAAACGCGAAGUCAGCAACUGAUAAGGAACACAAGAUGACCUUACUCCAAGGUAUCAAGCUCUAUCCGAAGGCCGUUGGGUGGAGCAUCCUCAUUUCAACGUGCAUCGUCAUGGAGGGCUACGACAUCAGCCUGGUCGGCAACUUUUAUGCUUUUCCCCAGUUCAACCGGAAGUACGGAGUGCAAUUGCCAGAUGGGACCUACCAGGUUCCAGCACCGUGGCAAGCCGGUCUCAGCAACGGUGCGGCUGUCGGCGAGAUCUUCGGGCUGUUCCUUAAUGGCUGGGCGUCGGAACGCUUUGGUUACCGCAAAACCAUCAUCUCGUGUCUUGUUUUCCUAACCGCCUUUAUAUCGCUCUUUUUUACUGCGCAGAACGUACAGACCCUACUUGCGGCUGAGAUCUUGUGCGGGAUUCCAUGGGGCGUCUUCCAAACCCUUACUAUUACAUAUGCAUCCGAAGUCUGUCCUGUCGCAUUACGGGGAUAUCUCACAACGUACGUCAAUUUCUGCUGGGGCCUUGGGCAGCUCAUUGGUAUCGGAGUGAUCAAAUCUAUGCUUAACCGAAACGACGAGUGGGCAUAUCGGAUUCCGUAUGGUCUUCAAUGGAUGUGGCCGCUUCCCCUUUGCAUUGGAAUAGCGCUGGCUCCUGAAUCACCCUGGUGGCUUGUCCGGAAGGGCCGAGUUAAGGAUGCAAAGCGGUCCCUCCUACGCCUAACUAGCUUGAACCGGGAAACUGACUUCAACGCGGACGAAACGAUUGCCAUGAUGGUGCACACAACGGCAUUGGAAGAGAAAAUAACGGCGGGAGCCAGCUACUGGGACUGUUUCAAGGGUAUCGAUUUGCGCCGCACUGAGAUUGUCUGCAUGGUGUGGGCUAUCCAGAACCUGAGCGGCAAUUCAUUCUCAAACUACUCCACGUACUUCCUUCAGCAGGCUGGCUUGGAGACCAGACACGCAUAUUCUUUUGCUAUGGGCCAGUAUGCCAUCAACAUGGUCGGAGUCUUCGGGGCCUGGUUUUUAAUGACUCUUGGCGUGGGCCGUAGAUCGCUUUAUCUUUAUGGUCUCUGCGGUCUCUGUAGCAUGCUCCUUAUCAUGGGUUUCCUUGGACUUGUCCCGGAGGCGCACCGAGACCAAGGAUCCCUAGCUACCGGCAGCAUGAUGAUAAUUUGGGCCUUGUUCUACCAACUCUCCGUUGGAACCGUUUGCUACUCACUCGUUUCGGAACUUUCCACGAGACGACUGCAGAUCAAGACCGUCGUGCUGGGUCGAAACGUGUACAAUAUCGUGGCCAUCAUCUGCAACGUGCUGACUCCGUACAUGCUUAACCCUAGCGCCUGGGGCUGGGGUAACUAUGCUGGCUUCUUCUGGGGCGGUAGCUGCUUCCUCUGCAUCAUCUAUACUUACUUCCGGAUUCCGGAACCCCAAGGUAGGUCGUUCGCUGAGUUGGAUCUCCUGUUUGAGCGCGGGGUAAGCGCGAGGAAAUUUGCAUCCACACACGUCAAUGUCUUUGAGGAAGAGGUUGACGCCGACGUUAUUGAGAACUAUAAGAAAAAAGAACAGAACCGUGAGGCGCAAGCGGCAUGA